AUGCCGGAUGAUGACCAGCACUGCCUGCAGCUGCUGCACGUGGGCCGGGGGGCCGCAGGGCCGCUGGCCUGCGAGGUGAGCAACCGCCACGGCACUGCCCACUGCACCCUCCACCUCCACCUCGCAGAGGCACCGCGCUUUGAAUCCAUCAUGGAGGACAUUGAUGUCCAGGAAGGGGAGACGCCGCGCUUUGCCGUGGUGGUGGAGGGGAAACCGCUGCCAGACAUCAUGUGGUACAAGGAUGGAGAGCUGCUGGAGGAGAGCAGCCACCUGAGCUUCGUGUACGAGGACAACGAGUGCUCACUGGUGGUGCUGGGCGCCGCUGAGCCUGACAGCGGUGUUUAUACCUGCACAGCCAAGAAUCUGGCCGGGGAGGUCUCCUGCAAGGCGGAGCUGAUGGUGCGGGCAGCCCAGCCCGCUGCCGAUGCCGCCAUGGAGGAGGAGGCACUGCACAAGGCGCGACGCCUGACCGACUACUACGAUGUGCACGAGGAGAUCGGGAGGGGGGCUUUCUCCUACCUGCGGAGGGUGACGGAGAAGAGCAGCCAGCUGGACUUUGCCGCUAAGUUUGUUCCCGGGAGGACCAAGGCCAAGCAGUCGGCGCGGCGGGAUCUGCACAUCCUCUCACAGCUGGACCACGAGCGCAUCGUCUUCUUCCAUGAUGCCUUCGAGAAGAAGACCGCCGUCAUCAUGGUCAUGGAGCUGUAUCCCCCAGGCGCUGCUCCGAAGCGCGUGAUGCGGGGAAUGAGGGGAGGCUUUUGGGGGGAACGGGUCCGGUCCUACAUGCGGCAGGUUCUGGAGGGGAUCUGCUACCUGCACCAGCACAGGGUUCUGCACCUAGACAUCAAACCAGAAAACCUCCUGAUGGCGGAUUCGAGCAGUGAGCAGGUCCGGAUCUGUGACUUCGGCAACGCGCAGGAGCUGACGCCCGAGGAGCCCCAGUACUGCAAGUAUGGCACCCCUGAGUUUGUGGGCCCCGAGAUCGUCAACCAGAGCCCCGUCUCCAGCGUCACCGACAUCUGGCCCGUGGGGGUCAUCACCUACCUCUGCCUGACGGGGAUCUCUCCCUUUGUGGGGGAAAAUGACAAGACGACGCUGAUGAACAUCCGCAACUACAACGUGGCCUUCGAGGAGAGGAUGUUCCAGGGGCUUACCCGGGAAGCGAAGGGCUUUGUCAUCAAAGUGCUGGUCAACGACAGGCUGAGACCCAAUGCGGAGCAGACCCUGGAGCAUCCCUGGUUCAAGACGCUGGCCAAGGGGAAGGUCAUCAGCACAGACCACCUAAAGCUCUUCCUCUCCCGUCGGAAAUGGCAGCGCUCACAGAUCAGCUACAAGUGCAACAUGGUGCUGCGGCCGAUCCCAGAGCUGCUGGAGGACACGUCCAACCACCUCUCCAUCGCCGUGCCCCGGCACCUCAAGGAGUCGCCGGCACUGUCAUCCUCUUCGGACUCGGACGACCUGGACGAGCUGCCCUUCAUCCCCAUGCCACACCAG